UUCUGCACAACAUUUCCUGUUGAAGAGUAUUGUAGGAAAAACAGCCACGAUGUUACGUUUAAUAUUGAUCCUUGCAGUUUCCAGUUUGGCUUUUGCAGCCCCUCAUGAGGAAUUGAUUGAGAAGCGUCACCCGUACAUCUAUAAAGUUAUUACAGGCCCAAUGAAUUGGUAUGAAGCAAGAGACAGAUGUGAAGCCAUGGUCGGAUGGCAACUUGCACAACCCAAAAGUCAGUUCCAAAUGGACGAGAUAAUGAAAUUAUAUGUGGCAGGCUUUUAUUGGCUUGGCAUAACCGAUCUAGUCAACGAAGGGACUUUUACAUAUUACUCAAACGAAAUACCCAUUGACGGUAUUUACACGAACUGGGAUGUAGAUUCAGGCGAGCCAAAUAAUGAAAAUGGUAUCGAGGACUGUACGGAGAUCUGGAAACUCAAUGGCUUAUGGAAUGAUGUUAAUUGUUUGUUGGUACGAAGCCAUGCCUUCUGCGAGUACCAUGGUGGUCAUAAUGAUCCUCAUAUGAGGACAUUCGAUGGGCAUGCAUAUACAUUCCAAGGCAUAGGCUGGUACUAUCUGUUCAAAGACUGCUCCGACAACACUCAUUUUGAAGUCACAACCAAGUUUGAACCAAGAGAAGAUAGUACACCUGACCAAAUAAAGACAAGAACUGUUGCAAUCAACGUAACUGUUGGAAAUCAAUAUGCAAUACUAGAUGGACGUGAUGUUACUACAGGAAGUACAGGUGGCAUGGUGACUGACGCAAAAGUCAUAACAAUCCAGGAAGAAGAUAAAAGUAUUAAGCUGCAUUUCACUUCAAAAGACACGACAUUUACUCUUAAUUGGACUCUGAGGAAUCACGCAUUGGAUGUAUCCUACUCUGGCUCUUCUUACAACAGAAAGCUAUGUGGCCUGAUGGGUAAUGCAGAUGGUGAUCCCCGCAAUGACUUCCAGAAACCAGAUGGCAGUAUUGUCAAAGACGUUCUUGAAUUUGGUGAAAGCUGGAAAUUAACUGACAAAAAAAGUGACUAGAUGAAAGGACUUGCGUCUUAACAGAAACAUGUUAUGCUGAUGCUUAUCUGUGAAAUACACAACAAUUCUGAUAUUUCGCUUUGAGUAGUAUGGAUUCAAAUAUUAGCUUUAAUUACGCCAUACGACGUUGAUAAUAAAUUGCACUUUUCGGGAAAUUAGUAGACAUGUUCUAUUGCACCUAUUGCUCAACAAGGUUAGUUCAAAUAAAAGAUAUGAAAAGCAGGA